AUGAGCGUGUGCUCGCACAGCCUCAGCCCGCUGUUCAGCAUCGCCUGUGCCUUCUUCUUCCUCACCUGCUUCCUGACCCAGAGCAAGCGGGGCCCCGGGCCGGGCCGGAGCGGCGGCGGCGGCGGCGGCGCCUGGUGGCUGCUGGCGCUGCCAGCCUGCUGUUACCUGGGGGACUUCUUGGCGUGGCAGGCGUGGGCUUGGGCUCGGGGGGCCCCCGCCGCGGCCCAGCACACGCCCCCCGCGGUGGCGGGCAGGUUGUUCUCGGUGCUGAGCUGCGUGGGCUUGCUGACGCUCGCGCACCGGGCCCCGCUCCGCCACGGCAUCCUGGUGCUGCUCUUCUCCAGCCUCGUCUGGUGGGUCUCCGUCACCGGGCUCGGGUCGCUGCCCGCCGCCCUCAGGCCGCUGCUCGCCUGCCUGGUCGGAGACGCCGGCUGCCUGCUGGCCCUGGGCUUGGAUCACUUCUUCCAGAUCAGGGAAGCCCCUCAUCAUCCUCGCUUAGCCAGCACCGCCGAGGACAAAGUGCCUGUGAUCAGACCCCGCAGGAGGUCCAGCUGCGUGUCGUUCGGAGAAACUUCGGCCGGUUACUCCGGCAGUUCCAAGAUGUUCAGGAGACCCUCGUUGCCUUGCAUUUCCCGAGAACAGAUGAUUCUUUGGGAUUGGGACUUAAAGCAAUGGUAUAAACCUCAUUACCAGAAUUCUGGAGGCGGAAGUGGAGUUGAUCUUUCAGUGCUGAAUGAGGCUCGCAAUAUGGUGUCAGACCUUCUGAUUGAUCCAGCCCUUCCCCCACAAGUCAUUUCUUCCCUGCGGAGUAUCAGUAGCUUGAUGGGUGCUUUCUCAGGCUCCUGUAGGCCAAAGAUUAAUCCUCUCACACCGUUUCCUGGAUUUUACCCCUGCUCCGAAAUCGAGGACCUGACUGAGAAAGGAGAUCGAAAACCUCAUAAGGGACUAAACAGUAGGACUAGUUUACCGACUCCCCCGCUGAGGAGGAGUUCCGGAACUGCAAGUCUGCCACCUGUCCAACAGUUGUCUUCACGGUGGGAGCGCAGUAAUGGCAAAAGGCCACACCAAGAAUUUGGCAUUUCAAGUCAAGGAUCCUAUCUAAAUGGGCCUUUUAGUUCAAAUCUACUGACAAUCCCGAAGCAAAGGUCAUCUUCCGUAUCCCUAACUCACCAUAUAGGUCUAAGAAGAGCUGGUGCUUUACCCAGCCUGAGUCCUGUGAAUUCUCCCGGCCAUGGACCUGUCUCUGCUGGCUCUCCAGUUAAUCGGUCACCUAUAGAAUUUCCUGACACUUCCAGUUUUUUUACUAAGCCAAAUGUUACUUUACACAGAUCUCUGGGUAAUGCACCAAAUUCACCAGAUUUUUAUCAGCAUCUUAGAAAUUCUGAUAGCAGUUUAUGUAACUGCUGUGGACAUCAAAUAUUGAAAUAUGCUUCAGCAUCCGAAUCUGAGUCUGGUAUAGACAGCUACAGUGGAAAGUCAGGUGAUGAAGACAACACUGUUUGCUCAAAGCAAUCAUUCAGCCUCACAGAAGUGCACCAGGAAGUGGAGACAGAGAAGGCAGACUACACACAGUUAUUUUUGGAAGGUGAUACUCACCUAACGGAAGAGGCGCAGAAUGAACAGCAACCAAAUAUUGAAGAGGAAUCAUCACUGGACCUGAUUUUAAUAGAAGAUUAUGAUUCCUUAAUAGAAAAGAUGAGCAACUGGAAUUUUCAAAUAUUUGAAGUUGUAGAAAAAAUGGGAGAGAAAUCAGGAAGGAUCCUUAGUCAGGUUAUGUAUACCUUAUUUCAAGACACUGGUUUAUUGGAAAUAUUUAAAAUUCCCACUCUACAGUUCAUGAACUAUUUUCGUGCAUUAGAAAAUGGCUACCGAGACAUUCCUUAUCACAAUCGUAUACAUGCCACAGAUGUCCUACAUGCAGUUUGGUAUCUGACAACCCGGCCAAUUCCUGGUUUACAGCAGAUCCACAGUGAGCAUGCAACCGGAAAUCAAACAGAUUCAGAUGGAAGGAUGAACCCUGGGCACAUUGCUUACCUUUCCUCGAGGAGCUGCUCUAUUCCAGAUGAGAGCUAUGGGUGCCUUUCUUCAAACAUUCCUGCGCUGGAAUUGAUGGCUCUCUAUGUGGCAGCAGCCAUGCAUGAUUACGACCACCCAGGGCGGACGAAUGCAUUUCUAGUGGCCACCAAUGCCCCUCAGGCAGUUUUGUACAACGAUAGAUCUGUUCUAGAAAAUCAUCAUGCCGCAUCAGCUUGGAACCUAUAUCUUUCUCGCCCAGAAUACAACUUCCUUCUCAAUCUUGAUCAUGUGGAAUUCAAGCGCUUUCGUUUUUUAGUCAUUGAAGCGAUCCUUGCCACCGAUCUUAAAAAGCAUUUUGAUUUCCUUGCUGAAUUCAACGCCAAGGCCAACGACGUAAACAGUAACGGUAUAGAAUGGAGUAAUGAGAAUGACCGCCUGUUGGUAUGCCAGGUGUGCAUCAAGCUGGCGGAUAUAAAUGGCCCAGCGAAAGUUCGGGACUUGCAUUUGAAAUGGACAGAAGGCAUCGUCAAUGAAUUUUAUGAGCAGGGAGAUGAAGAAGCUAAUCUCGGUUUGCCCAUCAGUCCCUUCAUGGACCGUUCUUCGCCUCAACUAGCAAAACUCCAAGAAUCUUUCAUCACCCACAUAGUGGGUCCUCUGUGUAACUCCUAUGAUGCUGCCGGCUUGCUGCCGGGUCAGUGGGUAGAGGCAGAAGAUGAUGAAGAUGCCGAAAGUUGUUAUGAAGAAGAUGGCGAAGAAUUAGAUACAGAUGAAGAAAUAGAUGGCAACUUAAAUCCUAAACCACAGAGAAGGAAAGGCAGACGGCGGAUAUUUUGUCAGCUAAUGCACCACCUCACUGAAAACCACAAGAUCUGGAAGGAAAUCAUUGAGGAAGAAGAGAAAUGUAAAGCUGACGGGAAUAAACUGCAGGUGGAGAAUUCUUCCUUACCUCAAGCAGAUGACAUUCAGGUCAUUGAAGAAGCAGAUGAAGAGGAGGAGAGACAGUUUGAAUAAAAGAAAAGGCAUCUUGAAGAAGGCACACGGGCUGUGCCCAGGGUCAGGAGACCUCACCUGGCACUGACCCUGCAGACUCGCAGCCACCCGCUCCUGGGUGGCCAGGCCCGAGGACUUCCAGGGGACCCUGGUGGCGCUUUCGGCACCUGGACACUGGGUGACUGUCCGCAGAGCGGGGCUUCCGCUGGCUCAGCUGCGAAGCCCUUCGUGAGCGCCCCCACGGGUUCAGACUUUGUCCUGAUAAUGCUUUGCCCAGCAGUCAGGUCUGCUUUUCCAUGAGGGAAAAAAUUCAAGUGACCUCAGUUUCCAAAAUGGCCAGAACUUUUUGCUUUCACAAAAACAGGAUUCAUAUGGUUUUUCCAAAUGUGGCUUUUAGGUUUUUGAAUGUUUUGGGGGAAAAAAAAUGUGCCUGGCUAACAAGGAAUCCAGGGUUGCCUUUCUGAGGGAUCUGUUCAAUGCCAUUCUCCCAGCUACAUUUAUCCGUGAGAGACCGAGUGACCUUUGUUAAAUCUAACAAAAUACAGGCUUUUCACUGUUGCGUGUUUUCUACUAUGGCUGUUUUAUUUCCACUCUGCCAGAGUAUUCAGGUUUGCCACGGACAGCCGAAGUCUGAAUUCCAGUCUUCCUGACUUGCAUGCUAUGGUUGCAUUUUUAAAGCAGUUCAGGGUUAAUAAGGAAUUGUAUUGUUUAGUCAAAACUGCUAUUACUCUUUCUCAGGAUUAGUAUUUUUCAAGAUUUAGUUCAUAUAAACACAGAUUUGUCAGAAAAAGAAUUGUCCUAAAGGUGUUAACUUUUUAUGAAGUGAGCAUUAUUUUCUCUCAGAUCUCAUAAUUUGAGACUAAUUAAAGCCAAGGAAAAGGAGAGGUGUAAUGAAGCUAAUCCUAUCAAAGAACAAAGGCAGUAGUCAGAGUUCUAAAAGACACAGUGAAUAAUUAGAAUGUGUGCUUAUCUUUAGGUCUGUAUCUUAGGUGUCAUAGGGUCAGUCACUGUAAGACUGAUGCUAAUCUUCGUUAAUUUCCUCCUGCCUGGAGCCUACAUGACAGAAGGGACGGAUGACUACUCGGUACUUCUGGAGCCCAACCGCAAGUCUGAUUUUUAAGAAAGAAAAUGGUGGGGAAGACUUAAUUGCAAAGAAAGUGGAUAUUUACAAUGCUCAUGAACUCCUAGGGUACAGAUAUAUACCUUAGUUUUAAAAAAUUGAAGAUAUAAAGAGCAGCCUAAAUGAUAGCAAGAUGGUAGACUAAUUUGGGGGUUUUUUUUUGUUCUUGGAGACCAUAUUUUGGAUCCAUGUAGCUUUUGUAGACGGUAAAAACAUUAAUUUUCCAAGAUGAUUUGAGUUAUGAUGUCGGACAGUUUCUUACCUACCUGCAAUAUUUGGCAUAUCCCAAAGAUCUAUAGAAGUUUUGGAAGUUUUGAUCUUAUAGAAUAUUUAAUGAAUCACCAGGCUUUAUUUAUUAGACAUGUUGAGUGCUCGGUUCCUUCCUGCCACUUUUGCUACCACUGUCACAUAAUUUGUAACCUGGUCGCACAUUACUAAGUAAUAAAAUUUUAACUAAUUUAUUGAGUUUGCACUUACA